AUGUUCGAACUCCCGCAGCGGUUUGAGAUGGUCAACCAACUCUCCCCUUUUCAUGCUGCCAUCCGGUUCAUUCCCUUCACGGUUGCAGCCCCGGUCGGGUCAAUUCUGGCCUCAACCGUGGCAAAAAUGUUCAAGGUUCCCCUGCUGUAUCUGCUUGGCAUCAGCUCAUUGAAGCAAGUGGUAGCCUACGUUCUCCUGGGAACGGUGUCCGGGCAACAUGACAUCUCAGCCCGUCAGUACGGCUACCAGGUCCUUGCUGGGCUUGCAUGCGGGAUCAACAUACCGCUGUUGACAUUGAUGACGCCGUAUGCUACGGGAAAAAGAGACCAUGCGGUCGCCAUGGGAGGAUUGCCCAGUUUCGAGUGA